AUGGGUUGGGUUCAACUAAACUUUGAUGGUGCUUCCCGUGGGAAUCCAGGUCCUACAGGCAUUGGAUGUUGUCUGCAUGAUGAGGGUUGGAGGGAAUUGGCUAGGGUAGCAAAACCUAUAGGGUUUGAAUCCAACAACAAGGCUGAAAUCUUAGCCCUAAUUGAAGGUCUCCUUCUUUUCCAAAAUAGAGGUAUUUGCAAACUGGCCAUUGAAGGAGACUUGGCCAUUAUUAUCAAUGGACUUAAGAAAGGUUCUCUAUCUGAUUGGAAGCUGAAUGCGCUCUUGUCUAGAGCUCUUGGUCUCCUUAAAGAUUUCAAGAAAACUACCUUCAACCAUAUUUACAGAGAAGGAAACUCCAGAGCAAAUGAAUUAGCUAAUGCUGGAGUUGAUGGGUUGUUCAUCAGUUAG